GGUAUCAUCAUGCAUUUAUUAAACUUGUUCUUACUAUAUUGUACAGUUCCGUGUAUUAUUGCUAAAAAUAUUACAAUCUUAACAGAUUGGAAAAAAGCAACUUUACAAUGUAUGAAUAACUUUUUUGAAAAUACAGGAUAUUUGGCAAAAAAUGAUACUUAUGCGACUAUAUAUGGACUAGAUGAAAAAGAAGAGAGUAUGGUUCAUAAUAUAAUUCUGAGAAAUUUUAACGAAUUGAUGUCUGAGCACCAUAAAACUGAUUAUUUACUACAAGAACAAAGUCAAAAGUAUUAUUCUAGAUUAAUAGAUGUUCUGAAUCCUUCAAAGAAUCAAUUUUUAUUGUUUGGUGAAAAAUCAAUGUUUUUUGAUGAAGACUUUUUUCUACAAAACCAUACAAAUGUAGAAAUUGUAUGGUGUAAAAACGGUGAAUGUGAAAAUUGUAAAGAAAAAAUACCUAAACCAUUAGCAAUCGUGAAUCAAGUUUCAGAAAUUAAAAUCAACGAUGAACAAUAUCAAUCAAAAAAUAAAGCUUCUGAUAAAUCAUGGUCAGAUGAAAUGAUAGAUGGAUCUAAAAGUUUUAGACUGGAACUGUCUCCUUAUUCUGUUUUAUCAGGGGUUUCAGGAGAAACAGUUAAGUUAUACUUCAGAGUUAUUAAUACAAAUUGGACACCUAUGGAAUAUAAUUUUAAUUGUUAUGAUCAAAUGGGUCUUAUAAGAUCAGUUUUACCUACAAGUGUGAUACUACCUCCAAAUAGUCCACCAUUUGAUGUGAUGGUAGUUUUGGAGGUAAUAGGACCAGAAGGAUCAACUGAUCAAAUUACAUUUUCUGUUCUUCAUCCAGAAUUUGAAGCUAUAAAAGUUAAUUUUUACAUUGGGAAACUAACAGGAGAUACUACACGCCCUACAAUAGAUUAUGUAUUUAAUGGGGAUUGUCGUUUUGCAGAUACUCCACAUACUUGUGCAUCAGAAAAAUGGAAUAUUGAAGUAACUAUUCAAGAUGAAAAUUCAGGAUUAGCUAUGAUUUCAUCAAUACCAAAUAAUUUACGGGUUCCGUAGUGAGUUUAGUAUCGGGACUAAAGAACCAGUAAUAGCAUAUUAUACAGCAACAUGUUGUUUUCCAAAAUUUGAAAUCAUUGCCACAGACCUACGAGGAAAUACGCAAAAAAAAACAAUAGAUGCAGAAAAACAAUACUUAAAUUUUGCAGAAAUUUCAUUAAUAGUUCUAUCAGCAAUAGUUUUAUUACUUCUUAUUUUACUUUUAAUUUGGAGUAUUAUAAGAUGUCAACGAAGAAAAAGAAGUCGUGAUUUUUUAUCAAGAUAAAAUACAUAUAAAUAAUUAAUGGUAUGUAUAUAAAAUAUUUACCUGUGGUAUUAAUUUGAGAAUGUGAAUUUUCUUUUAUAAUAUUACUGGAUGAAGUGUCCUCUUUAUUUUCCGUUAUGUCAGACAUUUUUUUUAAAUUGUGUUGUACCUAUUAUAUUAAUUUAAAUAAAAUUGUACAUC